AAUCCCCCAGGCCUCGAGUCCUUCCGUCCAUCGCUAGCUUGCUCGCUCGCUUGCUCUCUCCCUCUCUGGGGCUGGGAGGGCGAAACGCACGUGAAGAGGGCGUGAACGGGAUCGGGUCGUGGCGGCCGGGGAGGGGCGCAGGGGCUGGCGGCGAUGACGAGACGGUGCUCUCACUGCAGCAACAACGGGCACAACUCUCGCACGUGCCCGACCCGUGCGGGGGGAGUGAGGCUGUUCGGGGUGCGGCUCACGGACGGGGUGGGCUCCAUGAAGAAGAGCGCCAGCAUGGGGAGCCUCUACUCUGCUGGCGCCUCCUCCAUCGGCGGUGGAGGCGGCGGCGGAUGCUCGCCCAACCCGGGAUCGCCGUCCAACGAUCCGCUCCGCGACCACCAGGCCGCGGCCGCUGGCUACGCCUCCGACGACGCUGCCCACGCUUCCUGCUCCUCCAAUUGCCGCAACGAGCGCAAGAAAGGUUCAUGUUCUGAUGAAUUAAGACACGAGUCUGUAACGCAGGUGCCGAUUAAUUUGUUGAAUCUGUAUCUAGUCUCUGUGGUCCCUUUUGCCGUGCUUUGUGGAUGGAGUUGAGCGGUCCAAUAUGGGCGACACCUUCAGGAUGGUCCGUAUAAUACCAUCCACUGGGUUUACUACCUAAUUUUCAAACAGCAUAGGAAAGGGAUGGGCGAUGGUCCACACAAUAUAGUCGCAUGGAUUUGUUGAUUAUGAUCUGAUUGGUUUAGGCAUAUGGAAUUUGGUCCGUUUAUGUGAGAGUCUCAAUCAAUGGGCCAGCAUCCUUGCAUACGAUGGAAUAGGUUUAAUUUUGUACACCUAGGACUUGCUUUUUAAAAUAAAUGUAAUUGUGAUCUUUAUACCCAUCUUAUUUUCCUGGAUAGCUUGUGGUUUCACUUCACUUU